CCCGUCUCUUCUUUCCUGUAACAGUAGCUCCCAGUUGAUACAUAUGGGGAAGUGAACAUGUCCAUACACUCAGCUCGGGGCAUUACUAGCCGAGCUCGGAGCACGUACCAUUCCAGUCAUGUGCCCAAUCUGCCUACUGCUGCUGCUGCUCUCCCUCUUCAUUCCAGUGUUUGGAAAAGUUCCCAGGCCACAGAAUGUCCGGAUGGAUUCAGUGAAUUUCAAUAACAUCCUACGCUGGGACCCUCCCACCACCAAUGGAAGCGAGGCCUACACUUACGCGGCGGAAUAUAAGCUGGAUCUCCAAAGGGCAACAAAUUACACUAAAAUCUGCCAGACAAAUGAGACGCAAUGUGAUUUCUCAGUUAUUACUUACGAUUCCAUUGUGCGGAUGAGAGCUGAGCUUAACAGUAGCAUUUCUGAAUGGGUGACGAUUCCCUUUGAUCCAUACUCACAGACUGUUAUCUCUGCCCCAGAAGUAAGAGUGGCGUCACGGGCUGGGUACCUGGAUGUGAGCUUUUUUGGCCCUAUGAGAGAAUCUGAUGGCAUGUCGCUAAAGGACUUAUAUGGGGAUUUCAAAUAUAAACUGUUUUACUGGAGACAGAGCGAGCCUUCACUUGUCACCAGCAUGGACUCUAUACAGAACUUUGAAACUUUGGCCGACCUCGACAAAUGGACCAACUACUGCAUAAGAGUCCAGGCCUAUGCCCCCGAUUUUAACAAAACUGGAGAAUUAAGCAAAGCCAUUUGUGAGAAAACCACACAUGAUGGUCUUAUCCCAGGGUGGAAGAUCGCUCUUACCUUCAUAAUCCCCCUGUUCAUAUCCGCAGUGAUCAUCGUUGGAAUGUUUUAUUUAGGAUCUACGAUAUAUAAAGUAGCAAAAUAUCUGUGUUUCCCUAAAUACUCCUUCCCUGAGCAUCUGAAAGAGUACCUAAGCCAGCCUUUCUACAACCCUCCGCACCUGCCGACUCAGGGCCCGGAUGAUGUCGGGGAGACUUACGGAACACUGACUUUGGUGUCGGAGGAGAAUCAGGAAGUAUAACAAUGGCAGCCUGGGCUUUUCUCUAUUUGCACCUGUGUGUUUGCUGAACCACAACAGACACACCUUCACUCACCUUUACUCAGGAAUGUCUUUAUGUAUAACAAAUAUGAACUCUGACACACAACCUGCUGGCUUAUUUAGAGUCUAUGUGGGUGUUUGUACAUUAUAUUUAUAGACACAAGUAUGGGCUCUGGUAUCUGGAAUAACUGGAACCUGGAGACCUUUUCUUCAUAUAACAGGACUUGACGCACAUGAAGAAUUGUUAAAUGCACUGUGGGUAGGAACAUUGCCAGUUUUCAACUAUUUAUAGAUAUCUUUUCACUGUAUAUACUGUGCCAAACUGGCCUCGCAGGUCACCAGAUGAGCUUUCAGCUGACCCAGGCCAGGGGAAUUGCCAACAGCCCGUCCUUAAAGGUGUGGUUCACCUUCAAACAACUAGUUGUUUUUUUAGAUAGUUCACCAGAAAUAA